AACAGACAGCUCUGCUGAGGAAACAUUGAGUUAAUAAAAAGCUCUUCGGUCCGGAAAACCUCAACAAACGCACUAAAUUGUUUGAGAAUCAGACGGAAAAUGGACGCCCAAGAGAAAUUGACGGCGUUGAAGAAGGCGUACGCUGAUAUAAUAUUGAACAUAUCCAAGGAGGCGGCGGCGAGGGUUAUGUCCUCAGAUAGGAGGGCGGUUCGGUAUCAGCAUGAGCUGAAGGUGGCGAAAGAGGAGUCUGUGCGGAUGCUGCUACGCGUUAAGCAAAUGAUGGAUUCUAAGAUUAGUGAAGCAGAAGCUGCAUCACUGAAUCAGCAGAAGAAGAUUGAAGAACUUGAAGCGCAACUUGAGGAAGCUGAAGAUAUUGUAAGGGAUCUCAGAGAAGAAUUGGAAGAAAUGCAGACUGAACUGGAAAGGUUAAAGAAAAACAAUUUGCAGCCCAUUAAUGAACCCAAGAAUGCUCGUUCCAUAGAAAUGGAGAAUAGAAUUUGCUUGUAUGAAUCCAGUAACUUCCUUCAUCCAGAAACCCAAGAUGAAUUUUCUGUAGCUCCUGACAUAAUGACGGCAACUCAGAGCCAGAGAAAUGAAUGUUGGAAGUGCGGUAGCGAGAUAGUUUGCAUGUGUAGUUCAUCUAUCGGUUCCCGGGAUUUGCCUUCUAUAAUAUUGACAGGCAAAGAGCCUGGGCUAUACAGAAACGGGUGCACGCAGAGAAUUCGUGCAUGCGAGAGGAAUCUUUUAGACAAGGAAUUGUGCCUCUCAGGGGAUUCAGACAAAGUGAAGAAUGAAGGCGGGGACCAGGAAGGAGGUGAAGAUACCUGCGAAGCACCAGCUUCUGGGGCUAAAGCUCUCAGUGAACUUGAUAAGAAACUGUUAGCAGAUAUCAAGCCUAGUAGGUUCAAAUCUUUUCUUCGGAAAAGGAAGAGAGCUACCAGAAGAAGGAAGACUAUAACACCUUUGAGUUGGAAACGAACUGAUUUUUUCCAGAAACCUUAUGGUUUACCUGAGCUUUCUGCUAAACGCUUUCCUGUUUCAGUCGGAGACAGUGGUCAUCCUAGUGAGGAUCCUUCCAAGAUAGCAUCAGUAUUGUCUCCAUGUAAUGCUGAAACACGGACUCAUCUGGGGUGUGCUGAAUCUUCAAGGAAAGAAUCAAAUUUAUUGGAAAUAUCUGGUGGAAGGAUAUUGCAAAAAGAUGAAGGAUUGGAGGAACGUAUGGUGCUGUCAGGAGAGGAAAGUGGAUUUGCUGAGAACUUGUGGACUUCUGAUUGUCAUAUGGAUGAUGAAAAAGUUGAUAUACUGCCAAACAAUUUAAACUCAAAUUCAUCCGACAUAACUAAAGUGCUUCCUCAUCAACCUGUCAGUAAAAGAGUCAUCAAAUAUACAUUUCAAAGGAAGCGUAAGAGAGAAACACUGAGCGAAUCUGAAGUGAAUGCCUCUCUUGAGACAGAACAGAAGUCAGGUCAUGUGCAAAAUGCUGAUAAGAACUUGGAGUGGUCCAAGCCUAGCUCGGUAAUGGAGUCGUCACGUGACAAUAGGAGGUUGGCACAAGUUGCUCGUCAGCUUAUAUCUUUGUCCGAGAGGAAGUGGUGGGACUGAACGCAGCCUUUCAUCUUAUAAACACAACGAAAAGAAUGCCUGAUCUAGCUCAACAACAGCACACCCAUUCUUCAACUUCAGCCGGAGAAGGAAGCCAAUUAUAGCAGAACAAUGAACGAAGAAGGGACGGUAGAGAUCACUUGUGACCUCAUGAGCAGAGAGAGUUUUAUAUGUAUAAAUGUAAGGAUUUACAAAUUAUGACACCAUGAAUUGAAUAAUCUCUUUUGUCUUAAAAGCUAACCUUAAUUA